AUGACAAUUUUAUCGAAAGUCUGUCGUCCAGCGAACAAUGGUUUCAACAAGGUUAGUUUCUGGAAAAAAAAAAUCAAGAUUAUUCGAAAAUUUUCAAGGAGCGUGGUCAAAUUUCAUAUAGGUCUUGAGGUGAAGAGCCAUUUUUGGGGUAUUUUGUGUCAUUUGCGCUCAAAAAAAGCACAGAGAAAAAGCAAUAUUUUUUUUGAUUUUUAAGCGAAUUUUUCAAUAAAAAUAUUUGGGAAUUUAAUCGUUUUAAUGGUAUUUUUUUAUGUAGUUUUAUGUCUUUUUGCGUUAAAAAGAACGGAAAAAAAGUUGAAUUUUUUUCAAAAAAAUUUCAGGUAUAAAUUAUGAUUAUUGAUUAUAUUCAUCUUCAGAUACGUUUAAUGAACGCUUAUCGAUUGAUUAUGAUUUAUUAUGUUUUUUUUGGCGGAAAAAGCCGUUUUUUAAGGUUUUCCGUGAUUCCUGCGCUAUUAAAAAACCGGAAAAGUCCAGAUUUUGAGUAAUUUUUGAACAUAAAAUAGUAAAAUCGCAUUGCUUUUUUGGAAUUUCAUGACUCUUUCUCUUGAAAAAAAUACGAAAAAGAUGAAUUUUUUUAGAAAAAAAUGGUUCAAAAAAAGAAAAACAGAAAAAACGAUUAUUUUCGUCUUUAUUUGAUUGGAAUAUAUCUUAUCGAUCGAUUAUUGAUUGAUUUUCAUGGAUUUUCUGUGGUUAAAGGCGUUUUUUUAAGGUUUUCCGUGAUUUCUGCGGCUUUAAAAAAACCGGAAAAAAAGCCACGAUUUGAGCAUUUUUUUGAACAUAAAAAUAAUAAAAAUCGCACUGUUUUCGUGGAAUUUUUAUGCUUCUGCGCUUAAAAAAAUUCAAAAAAAGAUGGAAUUCUAUAAGCAAUCUCAAAAAAAUAAGAUAUAAAAAAAUCGAUUAUUUUUCGUCUUUAUUUGAUUGGAAUAUAUCUUAUCGAUCGAUUAUUGAUUGAUUUAUUGAAUUUCUCUAGGCGAGAACCAGUUUUUGAGCUAAUUUAUCCCCUUUGCACUCAAAAGUAUCAAAAAAAGGUAGAAUUUUUUUCAUGAAAUCGCAAAUUUAAAAUAUAAAAAUUUUUUUGCAGAUCAACAAAUUGAAUGCUUAUCGGUCGAUCGCCACCACUUCCCAAUGCCAAGCCAAAAUUUUCGAAAAAUGCCAAGGAAGCCGUCAAAGACAUUCCCGACAAUGCAAAGUUGCUCGUUGGAGGUGAAAAAUCAGGAAAAAAAUUUUUUUAAUCGAUUUUUUUGGGAUUUUUUUCAAGCUACGAAAGUAUACAAAAAUCUUCAAUUUCUCUUUUUUUUUCUUGACUUUUUUUAUGGAAUUUCUUUCUUUUUAUAGCUUUCUUUUUUUCAAAAAAAUACUGGAUUUUUUUAAAAAUAAUCAGUCUUGCAAUUGACAUAACUUCACAUGAAAAAUACCAUCAUUUUUUUAUAUUUUUUUAAGCAUAUUUUUUUCUCAGGAUUCGGUCUUUGUGGAAUCCCCGAGAAUCUGAUCCAAGCCCUGUCGGAAACCGGCCAAAAAGGCCUCACUUGUGUUUCAAACAACGCCGGUGUUGAUAACUGGGGCCUGGGAAUUCUGCUCAAAAACUAGACAGGUUCGUUGGAAAAAAAUAAAGUUUUUAAAUCACAUACCUGUUUCAGAUUUUUUUAUUAAAAAUUUUUAAGAUUCCUUCAAGUUAAUAUUAAUUUUACUACCCUUGUGAAAAAAAUCACUGAAUUUGAAUAUUUUUUUCUCGUUUUUUUCGGGAAUUUUUUUCGAUUUCAGAUCAAGAAGAUGAUCUCGUCCUACGUCGGUGAGAACGGAGAAUUCGCCCGACAAUAUUUGAGUGGAGAAUUGAGUUGGAAUUCACGCCACAGGUGAAUUUUAUCGAAAAAAAUGUAGUUUGGGCUAUUAAAAUUUAAAAAAAUAUGUGUUGGAAACUUUUUUUCUGAAGCUUGGGAUUUUUUUUUCAAAGUUGAUUUAUUCGAAUUUCGAAAAAAAGAAAAAUCUUGAAAAACGGUUUUUUUGUUUUUGUUUGAUGAAGGUGAUGAUGUUAUUUAACCAAUGGCGCUUGCAAAAAUUGCAUUUUGUGAGGGAGAUAUAACGGGAAAGUCAGUUAAUCUCGACAAAAAAACCGUUCUUAUUGAUUUUUUUGAAUAGAGGGACUUUCACAAGAAAAAAAUGAGGUGUUCUGUUUUUUUAAAGACUUUUUUUCAGUUGAAAUUUUGGGUUUAUUUAUCUGGGAAAAAAAGGAUUUUUAGAGAAAUAUAUACUUGUGAUGGAAUGUAAUUUUUGUGGGAAAAAAAUUUUUUGAAGUUUUUUUAUUUUUUUCUAUAUAUUUUAAAGCUAUGAGGAAAAAAAUUCAGAAAUUUUUCAUAAAUAACGGCCUUUUUUUCAAAAGAAAAAAACGGCUUUUUUUCUGGAAAAAGGAUUUUUUUAGAGAAGUAUUUACUUGUUUUUUUGAAAGUAAUUUUGUGUGAAGAAAAAUUAAAAAAAUUUUUUUUUGAAGUUUUUUUGAUUUUUUUCUAUAUACCUUAAAGCUCGUGGUUAAUAUAGCUAUUUUUAAAAAGUUCAAAAACGCUCGAAUUUUCUAAGUAUUCUCAAAAAUAUUAAUUAUAAGAAAAAAAUCCAUAGAUUUUUCAUGAAAAAAACGGCCUUUUUGAAUUAAAAAAAUACUAACUUUUUCUAGUCAGGCAAGAAAGGUUGUAUUUGUUCAAAUUUCUUAAAAAUUUUAAAUUCGAUUUUUUUCUUUUGACCUUUUUUUCAAACGAUAUCAUAGGUUUAAUCUCAAAAAUUUCACUUUAGGGAACCCUGGCGGAACGGAUCCGGGCGGCCGGCGCCGGCGUCCCGGCCUUCUACACUCCCACCGGUUACGGUACUCAGAUACAGGAAGGCGGAGCCCCAAUCAAGUACAGUAAGACGGAAAAGAACAAGAUCGAGAUCGCCAGCCAGGCCAAGGAGGUAUUAUUUAAAGAGAAAAAUCGGUUUUUUUCAUGAUUAUCGCCUGGAAAAAAACAUUCUUUUUUACUGUCAAAAAUAUGAAGAAAUUAGAAAUUUUGAGUGAAUUUUUCAGAAUUUGUAGCUUUAAAAAUCAGUAUUAAAGCCGUUUUAUUUUUGAGAAAAAUUGUAAAUUUUUCGAAAAGAAAAUCGAUUUUUUUCAUGAUUUCGCCUAGAAAAAAACCUUUUUAUUCUGUCAAAAUAUGAAGAAACUAGAAAUUUUUGGGUGAAUUUUCAGAAUUUGUAGCACUAUAAAGCCUUUUUAUUUUGAGAAAUAACGUAUUUUUUUGAAAAAAAGAUUUUUGCCUUUUGGCCGUUUUUUUACAAUAAGUUUUAUAUAAGAAACUCUAAAAAAAUGUGAAAUUUACAGCUGAAUUAUUUAAAUAUUCCUUGAUUUUAAAGACAUACAAAAAUAAUUUCAGUUGAUUCUAAUUGAAUUAUUUAGUACAAAUUUAUUUAUUUCGAGUUAAAAAAAUUAUUAAUUGUUUGAUUUUUCGUGACCGUUCUCUGAGUGUUGAUAAAUAUGAAAGCUUGAGACUUUUCCUGAUAAAAAUUUUUGAUAAAAAGUGAUAAUUUCGUUCGUCGCCUCCUUUUUAUAGCUUUCCUGAUAAGGAAAUGGUUGUUAAUUAGUGAUUUGUGGACUUUUUGGGCUCUUGAAUUUUGAUUUGAUGGAAAAAUGUUUUUUUGAAAGGGGUAUUAUUCAAAAAGUCCUCAAUGAAAAAGCUCAAAAAAAUCAAAAUGGGGGACUUUCAAAUUUUUGAACUUUUUUUCGGUUUAAAUUAGAGAAAAAAUUGUUCCAUUUUUUUUCAUUAUAAUCGCCUUGGGACCGCUAAAAAGUUAAUGAGAUCCAUAAAAAUUGUUGAUUCCUGAUUGAAAAAAAUUUUCUCUUGAUAUUUAGUUUUUUUUUUUUUGAAAAAACGGAACUUUUUUGAAUUUUUUCGCAUCAAAAUGGAGAAAAUCGUUACAUUUUAUCAUUAGAAUCGGCUUGGGACUUCUAAAAAAUAUAUUAGAUCAUUAAAAAAAUGUGUUGAUUUCUGAUUGAAAAAAAUAUUUUUCUCUUUUUGAUUUUUGAUUUUUGAAAAAAACGAGACUUUUUUUGAAUUUUUUUCGUUUUAAAAAUAGAGACGAUUGUUCACAUUUUCAUCAUUAAAAAUCGGCUUAGGGACUUCUAAAAAAAUAUAUUAGAUCACAAAAGAUUUGUUGAUUUUCUGAUUGAAAAAAAUUUUUUCUCUGAUUUUUGAUGACAAAAACGGAGACUUUUUUUCGAAUUUUUCGCUUUUACAAAUAGAGAAAAAUUGUUACAUUUUUAUCAUUCAGAAUCGGCUUGGGACUUCUAAAAAAAUAUAUUAGAUCAUUAAAAAAAUGUGUUGAUUUUCUGGUUGAAAAAAAUUUUUCUCUCUCUGAUUUUUAGUUUUUUUUGAAAAAAACGCAGCUAUUUUUGAAUUUUUUUUCUCUUCAAAAAGAGAAAAAUUGUUUCAUUUUAUCAUUAAAAUCGGCUUGGGACCUCUAAAAAAAGUAUAUUAAAGAUCACUAAAAAUUUGUUGAUUUCUGAUUGAAAAAAAUAUUUUUCUCUCUGAUUUUUUUUACUAUUUUUCAAAUUAAAAAGCAUUUCAGACUUAUAAAAAUAUUUUUUUGAAUUUUCGCGCUUCAAAAUAGAGAAAAAAUCGUUACAUUUUAUCAUUAGAAAUCGGCUUGGGACCGCUAAAAAAAGUAUAUGAGAUCAUUAAAAAAUUUGUUGAUUUUCUGAUUGAAAAAAAUUUUUCUCUCUGAUAUUUAGUUUUUUUGAAAAAAACGGAACUUUUUUUGAAUUUUUUUCGUUAGAAAUAGAGAAAAAUCGUUACAUUUUAUCAUUAGAAAUCGGCUUGGGACCUCUAAAGAAAAAUAUAUUAGAUCAUUAAAAAAAUGUGUUGAUUUCUGAUUUUGAAAAAAAUUUUCUUUCGAUUCUCAUUCUAUUUUUCAAGUUAGAAGCUUUUUCGAACUCAUAAAUAACAUUUUUUUGUACCUUUUUAUUGAAAUUAUUAUUGAAAAAAAUGAAAAAUUGAAACAAUAAAUUGAAAAAAAUCGUAGACCCGAGUGUUUAACGGCGUCAAUUAUGUGAUGGAAGAGGCGAUUUGGGGCGAUUUUGCGUUGAUCAAAGCCUGGAGAGCCGACAAAUUGGGUAAUAUUCAGUUCAGGUAAUCAAUUAACCUGGAAAAUGAAAAGAAAUCAGGGAAACUCCAGACAAUCCGCUGGAAAUUUCAACAAUCCCAUGUGCAAGGCCAGCAAAUGCACCAUAGUGGAAGUCGAGGAAAUCGUCGAGGCCGGCGAAAUUGCCCCGAAUGAUGUGAUUUUCAUUGAAAAGUUCCCUGAAACGGAAAAAUUGUCUUUCAGAUCCAUAUCCCCUCGAUUUAUUGCCACAGACUGGUCCUCGGUAAGAACUACAAGAAACCGAUUGAACGGCCCAUGUUCGCCCAGGUUUUUUUGAUUUUUGAUUUUUUUCCUGGUGAUUUUUCUGAUAAAAAAAAGACUCCAUACUGGUUCAUAAAAAAUUCAUCGAAAAAAGUAGUUUACAUCAAAAAAAUUCCGAAAAGAAGGGCCAAAAUUGACUAUUUUUUUGUACAGAAAAAAAUUUUUAUUUCUUGGAAAAAUUUUAGAAAUUUAUUUUAGUAUUCAAAAAUGUGGUGGGAAUGGUCUUUCAAUGUACUGUGAAUAUUUCUAAAAAAACCAAUUUUUUUCCAGAAAAAUUUUUUUAAAAAUAAAGUUUGUCGAAUUUUUUUACUAAUUUUUUUGAGAUUUUUUUAUGAGAUUUGUAAUCUUCAAACAUAUUUUUUUGGAAAUCAGCCAUUUUUUUCAAAAAAAUAAAAAAAGAUUAUUUUUUUCAUUAGGAAGGUCCUGUGAAGGCCUCGACGUCGGCUGAAGGAAAAAUCCAGGGAAAUUAUUGCCUCCAGAGCGGCUUUGGAGUUCCGCGACGGGAUGUAUGGUGGGUUUUUGUUUCUUUUUAGAGAAUCAAUAAAAAAAUCGAAAAAAAUUGGUUUCAAAGAAAAAAAAAGUGAUUCAUUUGAGACAGAGAAAGUUUCGAUUUUGGCAGUCCCAAACAAGUUUUUGAAAAAGUUUGGCAGUCCCAAGACAUUUUUAAAAAUUUUGCAGUUCCAAGGAAAUUUCAAUAGAUAGGCAAUCAUUGAUUAUAAAAAAUUGACAGUCCUAAAAAAAUCCAAAUUUAGGAGUCUUGAAAUAAUUUCCAUAUUUGGCAGUACCGAGAAAAAUUUAUAAAAAAAUUGGCAAUCAUCUGGGAAAUUUUUUUAGUGGCCCUUAUAGAGUUUUUGACGUUUUAAGUGGCCACUAUAGUAGUCAAAUAAGUGGCCACUUGAGGGGUUAAAAAUAAGUGGCCAUUAUAGAGGUCUAAGUGCUACUACUAGACCACUUUAGUAACCACUUUAGGGACCAAUGGAUCAACAUAACUGGUCCAAUUUGUUUGUUUUAAAAUUAUCAGAGUUACUGGAAGGAAUACUGGAUGAAAAACUAUUAAAGGGGACACUAAAACGGAAAAUAGUGGCCACUAUAGAGGUGCGUUGAGUGGCCACUUUAGUGUCCUCUCCGAGCAGUUCUUGGCGAGCCUCUAUAGUAAUUUUUCCCAGAAAUGGGUAGUCCCAAAAAAACUCUAAAUAUAGGGAAUAACUUCCAAAUUUGGCAGUCCCAUGAAAAAUUUCUAAAAUAGAAAAAUUAUUGAUUCGAAAAAUUCAGUAGUCCCAAGUAGUUUUUGUAACCUGUUCAAUAGAAAGAACAGGUGGUUCCUGAAAAAAAUGCGUUUAAAAAUUUUUUUUCAGAAUUUUUUUCUGAUAAAUAAACAUGCAGAAUUUUUUUCAAUUUUUUUCUAGCCUUUUUGAAAAAAAUUUUGCUGAUAUUCAGAAUAAAAACCUUUUUUUCAGUGAACCUCGGUAUCGGAAUCCCGACCUUGGCCCCGAAUUACAUCCCCAAAGGCGUCACGGUUCAUUUGCAGAGUGAGAAUGGGAUCAUUGGAGUGGUGAGUGGAAAAAAAUAUGCUAUAUUGAAAAAAAUAUCGAAAAAAAGGUUUAUUUUUUUCAUGACCCUCAUUAUUUGAAAGCAUUACGGUUUGAAAAAAAGUGAGGAAAAAUGUCAUAAAAAUUCCCAGAUUUUUUUCCAAAUUUUGAUUUUCUAGGAGAAAAAGGUACUUUUCAGGGCCCCUAUCCACGAAAAAGGCCAAGAAGAUCCGGACUUGAUCAACGCCGGCAAGGAGCCAAUCACCUUGAGGCCAGGCGCCGCUAUUUUCGGCAGCGAUGAAUCUUUUGCCAUGAUCCGGGGGUUUAUUUUAGGGCUUUGGAAAAAAAUCGAGAAAUGGAGAAAAAAAUGACCCAGAAGUUGAAAAAAAUCGAUAUUUUUUUCUUUUAUUGAAGUAAUCAGCAUUGAUUUCAAGGUUUUGAUUUUUUUAAAAAAUUUUCAAUUUUUCGAUUUUUGAAAAUAUGAUUAAAGGCUUUUUUUCAAGUCAAAAGACUGCACUGAAAAACUUUUUCCAAAAGUCAAUAAUCCACUAGAAAAGUGACUUUUAAGAUAAUAAAUGCGAUUUUUUUCAGCUCCCACAUGGAUAUUACCGUCCUUGGAGCCCUCCAAGUUUCGCAAUAUGGUGAUUUGGCCAAUUGGAUGAUCCCUGUGGGUUUUUUGAAAUGAAUUUUUGCUGUUUUAAAGAUUUUGAAAAUAUUAAGAAAUGAUAGGUUUAACUUGUAAUGGUUGGGUUUCAAAAUAGCUUCAUAACUUUUAAAGAUUUCUAGUUUUCAAUCUUGUUCGAUCAUUCGUCUGAAAAUUACAUUCUGAAACUUGAAAAAUCAAGAAAGUCGAGAAAUAUGAAGAAUUAUGAUUCAUUUUUUUCCUAAAAAAAUAACAGUUUUCCAGGCGGCUAGUUCUUAAUUUCCAUUUGAAAGAAAUGAAAAAAAUGCGUGAAUUAUCGAUUUUUGGUAGUUAAAUAUUGAAAACUUGAAACAGUGAAAAAAAAAAAUCCGAAAGUCGAGUUUUUUGGUCACGAAUUUUGAAAAAAUCCCUUUUUCCUCAUUUUAAAAUUGUUCCUCCAUAAUUAGCCAGUUCAUGGCUAGCUGGAACCAUCGAAAAAAUGGUCCUGACACGAUAAAAAGGAGAUAGUGCUUGGUUAGAGGAGAGCGAAGACAAUGGCCCUCGCAUUUUUAGAAGAUGACGUGGAAAAGUGAGAAGAAAUAUUCAAAAAUCGAUUUUCUUUAAUGACGAAUUUUGAAAAGACCAAUUUUUUUCUUGAUUUCAAAAAAUUUUCAACUAAGAUGCAGCCAAUUCACAUCUGGCUUAAGGAAAAAAAAAAUGGUCCUGACACGAAAAAGUGAGAUAGUGCUUGGUUAGAGGAGAGUGCAGACAGCGUUUCAAGCUGGCCUUAAAUCGGCUAUAGUAUCGUUUCAAUUUAUUUAAGUAACGGAAAAUUUCCAGGGCAAGCUUGUCAAGGGAAUGGGCGGAGCCAUGGACCUCGUCUCGGCUCCUGGAGCUCGUGUCAUUGUCGUCAUGGAACAUACUUCCAAAAAUGGAGCCCCGAAAAUUUUGCCCCAAUGUGAACUCCCUCUGACCGGAAAGAAUGUCAUCUCCAGGCUGAUCACUGAUUUGGUCAGUUUAUUGAAGAAAUUCAACAGAUUUUUCUAGUUUUAGGCCAGAUGAAAUUGUGGUUUUGAAACGGGUGUGAAAAAUGGUUUUAGUUUAAAAUUUUUUCAAGGGUGAACUCUGGGGGGAGGGGUCUUGAAACGAAUAUAGAAAAGAGCAUUAGAUUUGUGGAAACGCAGACUAAUUGAAGAAAAUGUGUCAUUUCAGAGAUUUACUGUAUGGAAAAAGUUUGAAAGUUUUAUAGUUCACCGGAAACUUUUCGAGUGUCUGCGUCUCUCUGUUCCCUCGCCGGCGAGUUCAGAGAAACGUUAAAAUAGCACGUAAACAUGAGAGAGUCGAGGACGAUACAGAGAAAAACAGCAGUUUUAGUCGCCAAAAACGGACCUACUCAAAAAUUUUGGUGGCAUUUAGAAAGGCUAACCGCGUUGCGGUCGCGAUGCGUUUUGAGAAAAUAUUUCGAAGCUUAAACGGGUAAAGUCGAUGAAGAGGCUGCGCCCGACUCGAAAUGACUUGCGUUCGAUGAAUUUCUGAAGUUUCAUAAAAAGUUGCUAAAAUUUUAACUGACUAUGGACAACUCGGGCAAAGUCGGAAUGGUGAAUAAUAGAGGCUCAAAAAAGCCGCAUAAAGGCAGGAAAAAGGCCGCGAGAAGGUCGCAGAAAGGCCGCGAAAAGGCCGGGAAAAGGUAGCAAAAAGGCCGCAGAAAGGCAGGAAAAUGACAGCAAAGAGAGUCCCUUUAUCGAGCCUUCCAUUUUUUCUAAAACAUAAAAAGCUCAAGAAAAUGGUGGAAAAAGGGAGAGGCAGCAAAAAUGGUGCAUAAAAGUCGAUGAAGUGGCCCAAAAGAGGCUGCAAAAAAGGAACCUAUUUCACCCCAAAAGAAACAUUUUUAUGGAGCCUCCUUCCAUGAAGAUUUUGACCGCUAUGAUGAAGGACCAUCUCUAAGGAAAAUUAAUUGAUUGAUUUUUUUUUGCAGUGGACUCGUACAAAACAUUAAGAUCAAUAUGAAACAUCCCUUAAAGUUCUGUAGAAACGUAUCAAAAUCAGGAAUUUUUCAUGAAUCGAUCUCUUUUUUAGGCCGUUUUCGACGUUUGCAAAACCGAAGGAUUGACACUGAUCGAAGUUCGUGAAGGAUUGACCGUCGAGGACAUCAAAAAAGUCACCCCGGCUGCUUUCAAAGUAAUUUUACCCUCAAAACAAAAAAAAUAAAAUUUUUCAGGUCUCCGACAAGUUGACCACAAUGAAAGCAGGCGCCAUUGAAUCAAUAAAAAAAUUAUUUUUUUAGGCUUUUUAAGAUUCUCGACACUCUAGGGUAUACUUACUUGAUUUUUUGUGUGUAUAACUGCAUAAAUGGUCACAUGUACUUGCUCAAUUUAGAAAAAUCAUGUAUUGCACUGUUCUUUGUUUUUUUUUCGUCUUUUGUUCACGAUAUAAUCAGGUUGUACAAAGGGUUUAGUUCGUGCUUUGUCUGUUGUUUAAAAAAUGAAGAUUUAUAAAUAAAGAUUUGAUUGAUAAAAAUUGAUCAAGUGAAGAGAUUGAUGUUAUUCCUCCUGUCGUACAUUUUGAUGCAUGAUCUGCAGACACAAUUACACCAAAAACUCGGAACUUACGACAGUUGGUUUUUUUCUUUUUUUGCAGUAUUUUCUUGUUUUAAUUGCUCUUUCAUCUGUUAUUUUACUUUCUUGUUUAUUAAAUACUUCUAAAAAAGUCUUGUCCAAAGUUUUGAAAGAGUUAGAAGUUGCGACUGAGUCAAAAUUAUAUUUAUGAGACAGAUAUUCGCCUGGAUAACUUUUAAACGUCUUUUUGUGUUCUUCGAGCUCCCAAGAAUGAUUUUGUACAGAAGUAAAUUGAUGAAAUGAAUAGAAAAAAAUCAAUGUCAAUAAGAUAUAUUUGGUAGAAAAAAAUGAAAUUUAUUUCACGUAUUUUUAUUUAAUUUUUUUGAUGGAAAAAAACGUUUCUACGAGUUUUUGUAAUAAUAUUAUCUAAAAUUUUUUUAGAAAUGUCGGUUUAUUUCUUUUCGAUUUUUCUUUCAGAUCAAUCAAAGUAUAUUUUUUUCUAAUUCGUCAAAUUAUUUAAAUAUUGAAUAAAUUGAUUCGAAUAUCAUAUAAAAUGUCAAAUAAUGGCAGUAAGUCUGAAUGGGAAUUGAUAUUCUUGCGUUCUUCGCUUCACUUAUUUAUCCCAAAAGGGCAGAGAGUCAGAAACAACUCGAAAAAGUCGAGGGAAGCGACGAAAAUAGGUGAAGAACCCGGAGAAUAGCGCAGGAAGCGCGGAGGGCGACAGACGGCCCGACGUUUCGGGCGCGAAAACUCGACUGCCCGAAUCCAAAGUCUUCUUUUUUAUUAUAUCUCCUCACAAACUCCUUCAAACGCCCGUUUUCGACGUUUUUUCUGCGUUUUUCGACUUUGUGAACCUAUACGAUGGUUCAAAGUCUUCAAAUGUCUUCUUAAACCCUCCGAAAUUCGAUUUAUCAGUAGAAAAUACUCGCAUAUAUUGGCCUCUUUCUUUUUCUGCAAAUGUUGACAAUGAAAAUGUGUGUUCAAAUCGAUUCGUCCUUUGCGGCCCCUCGUUUUCUCGCCUUUUAUUUCAGAUUUCCCAAUCAAACUUUUAUAUUUUUCAUAUUUCUACGUGUUUGUAGAUCAAUUGGAAGCCUUGUAGAUGAUUGGAUCGGAAUUUUUUAUUAAAACUUGGCCUAAAAAAAUUCUUUUUUUUCUUGUUGUUCUUCGAUUUUAUUGGCUGAAAAAAAGAAAAGUUUAAUUUAAGAUUUAUAGUUAUUAUUUUGAAUUUUAAAGAUUUUUAUCUGCUUGAGAAGCUUCCUCAGAAAGUUUUCUUCAAUUUUUUCGUAUUUCGCGUCAUUUUUUCCGCACUUUGAAGUGUUUGCAUCAUAAAAAUACAUUUCAGGCUUCUCGGGUCUCAGAAAAAAAUGCCACUCAAGAAUAAAAAGCCGUUUGAACCGGCUCAGGCGCCGCCGGGCCUAAAACCGGAAACCAAAGUUUUCUUCCUGCAGGCCACUAAAGAGGUCUUCCUGACUCAUGAGUGGGUUUUUGUCCAACUUUAAAAAUAUGAAAAAGGAUUUUUAAAUUGACUUAUAGUGAGAAAAAUUAAUUUUUCGCGGGAAAAAUUUUUUUUUAUAAAAAAAUGAUCAUAUUUUCUUCUGGGGAUAAUUAUUAAAAAGGUCAUAAAUAUUUUAUUCAUUUUUUUGAAAGAUCCUAAAAAGUUUAUUAGUUUCGAAACUAUCAAAAAAAUACAAUUUUUAAAGGAUUUCAGAAAUUUAUGAUGAUGUAAUUUUUUUUCGAUUUCGGCAUAUCAUGAUUUUUUUGAAAUUUGACCUCAGUUUAAAUAAAAAAAGGAUUAUUCUGUUUGUAAUAAGAUCAUGAAAGCCAAUUAGGUUCAAAAGUUUGAUUUCUUCAUAACUUUUUCCAAAUUUCGAAAUAUUCGAAAUUUCUAAUUAAAUAUGACCUUUUUCCAGCUUAAAAAUUGUCCUUAUUUUAAAAGUUCGUCCAAAAAGUCUUGUUUUUUUGAAGGUGUAAAAGUGUUAAAAAGUACGAAAUAUCAAAAAAGGCUUUUCUCCUCGAGACCUUCUCUAUGCUCCUUUAAAAGUUCAGCAUGCCUUUUUUGAAAGAUUUUUUUCAGGCCUUAAAUUGACCUGAGACAGUGAAAAUUACCUUUUAUGAAGAGAAUAAGACCUGAAUCGUUUGAAAUAACGCCUAAAAGGGAUUUCGCCUCGAGACCUUCUCUAGGUUCCUUUAAACAACUCAGCAAGACUUUUUCAACGAACUCUAACAGGAAGAAAAAUUUCAGCCUCAAAAUUGACCAUAAGUUUUGAAAGUUGCUUCUUAUAAGGAUUAGGUGUUUUGGAACACCCAAAAUUAAAUUUAAAAGAGCUGUUCGCCUCGAGACCUUCUGUAUGCUCCUUUAAACAAAUCAGCAAGGUUUUUCAAUAGAUUUCAUGGAAAAGAACUUGUUUAAAACCGCAAACAAACAUGAAUAACUGAAAUUAAAUAUUUAUCCAUUGAAAACUCUUCAGGGAAUACUACAACCGGAUGAUUGAACUGAACGCGACGAUUUGGUCCUGCGAAUUUACGGGAAAAACGGCGUUGACCUUUUUCGAAGCACAGCAAUCUGAACAGGAAGCCAUGGUAAGAAAAAUGCCCGAAAAAGUGGCCACUUGAGAGGUUCUUUGAGGACACUAAAGUGGCCACUGAAGCCGCUAUAGAAGGCACUACUUUGCGUUUUAGUGGCCACUAUAGUAGUUUUAGUGGCUUAGUAGUACCAUGAGUCUUCUAAAGAGGCCACUAGAAUUUAGUCACUUAAAUGGUGAUUAAAACGUCAAAACCCUGGAGUGGCCACUGAAACCGCCUCUAUAGAAGCCACUGCUUUGCCUCUGAGGGACCACUAUAGUGAUUUUUGUGGUGUAGAAGUUCCACUUAGACUUCUAGAGAGGCCAUUAAAUUUUAGUCCCUUAAGUGGCCACCAAAAUGUUAAAACCCUGGAGUGGCCACUAAAACCCUCUCUAUGGAAGCCACUAUUUUUCGUCCUAGUGGCCACUAUAGUAGUACCAUGAGACCUCUGAAGAGGCCCCUUAAGUGGCCACUAAUUCGACUUGACCACUGAAACGUCAAAGCCCUUAAGUGGCCACUAAAAUUUUUCCCCCAGUAAAAAACUUUCCUAGCCCUUUUCAAAGUCGCUCAAAAAAUCUACAAAUUUCCUUUUAAAGACUCAAAAAAGCCCCCCUGACCCUGAAACAAGGACCCUUUUAAAAACGAACACUUUUUUCCAGAAAUCCCUCGACAAGUUCCCGGAAUACCUGGAAAGGCCGAUCCUGUUUGUUGUUCACGAAUAUACGUGUCGAGGACGGUUCGAAGAACUCGUCAAUGAUAUUUAUUCUGUUAUGAAGGUUCUUAAUUUGUUUUUAUUUGGAUUUAUUUACAGAUUAUUUCAGAAAAAAAUUCAAGAAAAACCGCUCUUUUUGGUCAAAUUUUUGAGCAAGAAUUUCAAUUGUGAAGUUUGAAAAUUUUAAAAAAACUGUAAAAAAAUUGUAAAAAGAGCAAAAAAAUUGAGCUAGUUUUAAAAGCUUAAGGAUACGGAUUCUGUUAUGAAGGUUCUUAAUUUGUUUACAGAUUAUUCCAGAAAAAUUCAAGAAAAUCGGUCUUUUUGGUCAAAUUUUGAGCAAGAAUUUCAAUUGUGAAGCUUGAAAAUUUAAAAAAAUUGUAAAAAACUGAAGAAAAGAGCAAAAUUUGGGCUAGUUUCAAAGCCUUAAGCAUAUUUAUUAUAUUUGUAUGUCCCUUGUUCACAGUUCAGCAGAAAAAAACUCAAGAAAAUCGCUCAUUACGUCAAAUUUUUGAAGAGAAACUUUACUUUACAAGAUUUGAAAAUUCUUUGAGAAAAAAAUUAGAAAAAAAUCGGAAAAAUCGGACCAGUUUUCAAUACUAUCAUGAAAAAGUAAAGUGAAUAAAAAAAAAGGAGGAAAAAUGUUCUAGCUUUCUCGGGAAAAAAAUCGUAUUUUAUACAUACCUCUAAGAUUAUUUCGUUAAUUUGAUUCUUGCGUCUAAAAAAAGGAACUUCUUGGUUUGAAAAAAAUUUUUUUUUAUAAAUUAUUGAUUUUUUUAGCAUAAAAGAAGCCGUUAAAACGAAAAAAAUACACUUUGAAGCUUCAAUAAAAAUCGAUUCCAGGACCGAUUCUUCAUCGGAGAGGAGAUUGUCUACGUCGAACGGAAUAAAAAAUGCCGGGCGAAAAUUGUCGCUUCCUAUGUUUUGCCGCCCAUUGGAGAGAGUGAAAUCAAGAAGGAAGUGUUCGUUUUUUAGUUUUUUUUUGAUGGAAAAAGAUCAAUUUGAACUUGAAAAAUCGAUUUGGAGCUUCUACCAAAUAUUUUUUUAUCGAAAAAAAUUGCCUUAAAAAGUAGAAAAAAAGCCUUUUUUUAUGAAAAUAAAUCCUGUGAAGAAUAUUUUCCUCUGUUUCAAAAUUCAAAGAAUCCACAGAAGCUUCAAUUUUAAGUUUUAGAGCCAAAAGUCCGAUCAUUUUUCUUUUUUCAAGCUUUUAACAAUGACUUGGAGGUUCACUUUUUGAUUCUAUCAGAUGAUUUUAUUCCUUUUUUAAUCAUUUUUUUGCAGGGAAAAAAAGAGUGAAGUAUUUUAGAACUGAAAAAUAUUGAGAUGAAUCAUUUUUUUCUUGUUUUUAAACUUCUAAUAAAGGUCGAGAGCUUCAUUUUUUUGAUUUAUACGAAAUAUUUUACGGAUUUUUUUUAAAAAUUUCAUUUAUUAGAGCCUAAAAAAACAGGUAUACGUAUUUCAUAGCCGAAAAAGACUGUUUUGAAUCAUUUUUUUCGGUUUUUUUAAGAAUCUUUAAAAAUGACCAAGGGUUUUUUUAAAAAAUUUUUUUGAUUAAAUCAGAAAAAUUUAACUUCUUCUUGCAGGGGAAAAAGAACAAAAAAAUACGUGUUUCAAAGCCGAAAAAAAUUGAGUCCAAUAAUUUUUCCCUGUUUCUCUAAGAUUUCAAAAAAAGGCGAAAGCCCUUCUCUUUUUGAUUCUAUCAAUUUAUUUUUACGGAUUUUUUUAUUUAUUUCAUUUUUUUAGGAGAUAAGCACAGAAAUACUUAUUUUGAAGCCGAAAAAAGUUAGUUGAUUCAUUUUUCGAUUUUUAAAAAUUCAACGAUGAGGGGCAUACUUGGGCAACCCAUUUUUAAGCCCUUUUCCCAAGUUUUCCUAAAUUUAAGUUGAUACUACCUUCCGGAUGGUGAAACUUGUAUUAUUGUGGCCAAAACUAGCUUUCUGAGAUUGAAACUCGAUUUUUUUCCGAUUUUUCUGAAAAUAUUUUAAUCCAACCUAUUCUCCCGGGCUGAAGGAGUUUUGUACUUGCCCAUCAAUGCUAAUGGGUUUUAUUUUUCGAUUAAAUCAGAAAAUUAUACUUCUUUUUUGAUCUCUAGUCUUUUUCUUUGCAGUGGAAAAGAACAGAAAGACGUCGUGAUGCCGGCGGCCGAGUACUAUCGCUACGCGUUGCAGAUCAUCGACGGCGUCCGGGAAACCGACGACGGAAUGAGGGAGAAUGUCUCCAACGACAAGAUGCAGUUGGAAAACCCGAAAAGAGAUUCGAAACUCGAAAAAUGAACUUUCAGCCGACCGAAAUCCGUCGGAUCACGCCAAAAUUUGAAAUUGUUCCUGAAGAAUUCAUGCAUCAUGCAGUUCCCCGGCGAUCAUUAUACCGUUCGGGUUGGUUUUUGGGAGAUUUAGGGGUCCUCAAAGUUUUAAGUGAUCCCUAUAGAGGCUGAGGAGAAAAACAGCCCCUAGAGAGGCCGAAAAAAGUGGUCCCUAUAGUGGUAAAAUCAAGGUCGUCUCUAUAGGGAUUAAGGGCCUGACCACUUAGCCUCUAAAGUUUGAGGGGUCCCUAUAGGGAUAAAAUUGAGGUGGUCCCUAUAGGGGAUAAGGGUCUGACCACUUAGCCCCUAAAGAUUAAGUGGUCUCUUUAGAGAUAUAAUCAAGGUGGUCCCUAUAGGGGUUUUUCAAGUUUAUUCAAAAACGCUGAUUUUUUCGGUGUUUCGUAUGGAAACGCUUCUUUGCGUAGAGCUCAUAACAGUUAUCGACUAGCAUGUCCCCUAUAGGGACCACUUUUGCAAGCGUUAGUGACCCCUAUAAGGAUUGGUGAAGAGGUCCCUAGUACGGACUCUCCGAGGGCCCUAUGGUUGCCCCUUUAGGGACCACUCUGGAGUUCCUAAGUCACUUGAGGUUUGAAAAAAAUGACUGGAAAUAGAAAUGAAAAAUUAUUUUCAUCCAAAAAUUUUUAGAAGCUAUACUUUCUGUAUUGAUAUGAAGUAAGUACAGGAAGGUUCGAAAAUAAUUUUUGGUUCAAAAAAAAAAAGAAUUUUGGAUUUUUUUUCGGAUUUCGAAGCUUUUCGUUUCUUUUUUUCAAUAGCUGAAGGUGUUCUUAAUAAACCAAAAAAAAAAUUCAAAUAAAAUUUUAGAAAAAGAAAUGAUGAAAACUGGAAGGUUUGGAUUUUUUCAAACGGUUGAAAUAGUUUCAAAAAAAUCGGUUGGAUACCUGAAAAAUGAGAAAAAAUAGAAAUUUUUUGUGAUUCUCCAGAAAAACUACAUGGAAGACGGGAUCGUGGAGGGCCUCCGCUGGAACCUGAUAAUGGGCGGCGCCGAGCCGAACUGCCCGAAGACGCCCGUCCUGCAACGGGGAAGGACGCCCAAGGCGUUGAAGGAGUCGAACAACGUCGCCCGGACGCCCGUUUCGACCACGCCCAAAGUGGCCAACGGCAGUAUUUCGACGCCUUCUUGUGAGGGUUUGGGCUCUUGGGAAGAAUAAAAUAAACAGAUAGAUAGAGAUGAGGGAUUGAAAGUCCUUAUAAGUGCUUUCUUAAUAAAUGACCUAGCCUGAAAAAAAGGUUUGGUACCAAUUCUUGACCUUUUUUGCAUAGGAGACGCGAAAAUUAGGAUUUCUCAUUUUCAUGGGCAGCAUUUUAUCAAUUUUUUUUAUUCGGAUUACGUUUUUCUAAGAAUAAAAUAAACAGAUGGUUAAAGAAUUGAAAUAAUGAGAAAAAAAUUGAAAUAAAAGUGGCCGAAAAUUUUAGAAAAAGGAUCCUUUUUUGCUUUUUUUUCUACUUUUUUGCAUAGGAGAUGCGAAAAUUAGGAUUUCUCAUUUUCAUGGGCAGAAUUUUAUCAAUUUUCUUAGUCGGAUCACGUUUUUCAAAGAAUAAAAUAAACAGAUGGGUGAAGAAUUCAAAAUCAUGAGAAAAAAAUUGAAAUAAAGGUGGCCGAAAUUUUUUUAGAAAAAAAGGAUCCUUUUUUUGCUUUUUUUCUACUUUUUUUGCAUAGGAGAUGCGAAAAAAAUAAUUUUAAAUAAUUCUUUUUUUGUUAAAAGUGAUUCUUAAAAAGUGUAGGUGAGCCACAUAAAUAAAUAUUUCUAACAAAAAGUCAAUGUUGAGUAAUCGAAAAAGCCCAUUUUUUUCGACUAAAAAUUGUUUUUGUAAUCACAAGAAAUCAAAAAAAUCACGUAAUUUUUUUCAAAAAAAGUGUCUAAGAUAGAAAAACUAAAGCUAGAAGAUGGAAAUGAGCUUGAAAUUAUCGAUUAUUUUUCGAACAAAUUUGCUUAAAAAAAUAAAGCAAAAAUCUUAUCGAUUUUUCAGAUAAAAAUGAAAUAAACUUGUGAUUGAAUUGUAAAAAAAUACGAAAUUCUCUCAUUUUAUUGAUCCAAUUAUCUUAAAUUUUUUUUAAAACCUGUUCUAGUUGUAGUUGAUUUUCAAAAAAGAGUCUUGAAACUGUAAUCCUUCAUUCAAACUAAUGUAAUUCAGCUUCGAAAAACACGCCCUCCAAAACGACGCCCAGCAAGAAGACGCCCAAAAUGACGGCCAAGAAGCGACAAAUGGUAUUUUUUCUUUUUAGCGAGAUUUUUUAGCCCACUGGUUUAACUUUUGGUGAAGCUUGGUUGGAACGUACUUUAGGGCGUUCUAUGUUCAGAACAGUUUUUUAGGGUUCAAAAUCUUCAAAAUUUUCCAAAAAACAGUUUUUCUCCAUUUUUUGUGUUUUUUUGCGAGCUUUGAAGCAUCCUCCCUACUAAUCAGACAUACGUAAAGCGAAUCGGACAUGUCAUGGCAUUUCUAGUGACCACUUUAGUAGCGUCAGCCCUCUUAAGUGAUCCCUAGAACUAGUAAGAAACGUCCGGAGCGGGUCCGAUUAUCGUUACUGAAAUCCGAAUCAUAAUUCGAAAAAAAAAUGUGUUGCUAGAAUUUUCUCGAAUAAAGCUUCAUCAAGAAUUCAACCAGAGUUUAAAAAACCCCCUCGUUCCAUUUUCAGUGAAUUGAAGGAGGUUUUCAGAUCCAAGAUCAACAACAAGAACUGUCGUUCUACUUCGAAACGGCGGCCCAAUUGAAAGUCGACGUCUCCAAGUACCAACAGGAAGAACGGAUGCUGACCCCAAAAAAUAUCGCCGCCUUGAAGGCUCUCGUCAAAGAGGCCCAGGCUGUGGUGAGUUCGGAUCCGGCUCAGGAUUUGGGCUUUUUGAAAAAAAUGCUUUCCAUUUUCUUUAUGAAUAGUUUAGAUGAAUAUUGAUUUUUCUUCAUUUUUUGAACAUGGGCAAGUGGGUAAUUCCAUCAUUUUCCUGAAAAUAGAGAAGGCCUGAAACUUGCCUUAUAAUUCGUUAAUUUCGACGUUUUCUGAUGUCUUAAGGUUCUAUAGGAAGUUUCAGAUAAGAACGGAUAAAUUUAGAAAUUCAAAUUUGAAGUCAUUUUCAGGAAAAUAAUAAAAAUUUGUUUUUCAAUUUUUUUUUUGUAUACAGCUUUAGACAGUGGCCCGGUUUGAUUUUUAAAAAUUGUCUCAGGAUUUUAAAGUUUUCAGAGUCUUUUUUCAAGGUUCUGCAUUUUUCGCAGAACUUAUGAAUACCCGGAAAAAAAAACAGUCUAAAAAAAGGAGAGCGAAAAAAUGGACGAAAAGGAAAAACUGCAGAGAGUUUUUCUAAUAAAAGUCAGAAAAAAUAAUUUUCCAGUUACCUUCCUCGGAAAAUUUUGAAAACCCUGCUUAUAUUCUUUAUUUCGCAAGAAAUAACCCUCCAAAAUGCGGAUCUUGCUUCCGUUUUUGCUAAUCGAACCUAUGAGAAAAGAAAAAAAAGAUAGGUUUUUUUGGAUUUUUUUCUUUAAAAAUUUCAUAGUCGAAGAUAUCUUUUUUUAGAAAAAUAUCAUCUUUUUUUCUGUCUACAAAUUUCAAUUUUCUCAUCAAAAAAUAAUAAGAAUAACGAUUCCGAAAAUUUCCAGGAACGACAAAGAGUGAAAGAAGAACGGAAAAAGAAGCACCGGCAAAAGAUUGACUACAAUAAAAAGCGCGACGAUCUUCUUUGUGACGAUUUGAAGGUUUUUUCCUCGAAAUUCCCGUAAAAACGGUCAUUUUUCAAGCCGAUGCCCGUUUUCCCGAAGCUCGAACUACCGGAAUGGAUGACCGAGGAGGAUUUCGCAGAAUAUUUGAACAUUUUGCAGUUUUUCGUUGCCUAUAAGGUGAGAUUUGAACAGUUUAAAGAAUUGGUCCAGGUUUCUUGCUAGAUUCCGCGAAGGGUUCAAACUGUGUUUCAAUUCUUUUCAAUUAGGCAAGCUGUAGUGAUCCCUAUAGGGGUAUUGAGUCCCUCUAUGGGGCAAAAUAGUGUCCCUUCUAGGAGGUGGAGGGAUCCCUAUAGGGGCGAAAAAGUGUCCCCUGUAGAAGGCGGUAAAGAGGUCCCUCUAGGGGGCAAAAUAGUGUCCCCUGCAGGAUGUGGUAAAGUGGUCCUUCUAGAAGACAAAAGUACGUCCCUUGUAUGAGGUGGAGGGGUCCCUACAGGGGCGUCUAUUCUCCCUGGAGAAAGUGGUAAAGCGGUCCCUAUAGGGUAUGGGGAAAAAUAGUCCCUUUAGGGAGCAAAAAAAGGGUUUUCUGUAGGGGGUGAUGAAGGGGUCCCUAUAGGGGGUAAAAAAGAACCUUCAAGGGCCCUAAGGUCACCCCUAUAGCUACCAAGUUCUUAGGUCUGCUUCAGAGAUUUAAAAACAUCAGUAGAAUGAACUGAUCUUUUUCCAGGAACUCUUACCCCUAAAAGAUAUCCGCGGCAGCAAAGACAUCUCCUUCGCCGACAUCGUGACGGCCGUCCGAUGCAACGACCCGCAGAACAGCCCUUUUGCCGACCUGAUGCGGGUUUUGCUCACGGCGAGAACCGACACGGCCGAUGAGGAAGACGGCGACGAGGGUACGUACAAGGCCUCUGUAGGAUUUUUAAUAGCUUCUGCUUUACUUUGUUCGAAAAAAUCUUUGCUCGGGCUGUUAAAGGCGUAUAAAUAGAUUUAUAAGGGUCUUGAAUAAAAGCCGCUUUUUUUCAUAAAGUCUUUUAAACAUUUUUUUGAGGAUUUUUACACCACUGACUUGCCAAAUUUUGAAACUGUUCGGCUUCCUUGCGCGCUCUCAUCUCUCGGGCUCAUUCUGUGUCUUAUAUGGUGAGAGAGAAGAGAGACGCAGACCCAAGAUAAUUUGAAAAAUGGCAGUCCCAAGAUAUUUUUAAUAAUUUGGCAGUCCCAAGACAUUUUUAAAAAUUUGGCAGUCCCAAGAUAUUUUGAAAAUUUUGGCAGUCCCAAGAUAUUUUGAAAAUUUGGCAGUCCCAAGAUAUUUUGCAGAAAAUGGCAGUCCCAGGAUAUUUUGAAAAUUUGGCAGUCCCAAGAUAUUUUGAAAAUUUGGCAGUCCCAAGAUAUUUUGCAGAAAAUGGCAGUCCGAGGAUAUUAUGAAAAUUUGGCAGUCCCAUGAUAUUUUGAGAAUUUGGCAGUCCCAAGAUAUUUUGAAAAAUUUGGCAGUCCCAAAUAAAUUUGGAGAAAAUUGGCAGUCCCAAAAAAAUUUGAAGAAAUUGGCAGUCCCAAGAUAUUUUGAAAAGUUGGCAGUCCCAAGAUAUUUUGAAAAAUUGGCACAGUCCCAAGAUAUUUUGAGAAAUUGGCAGUCCCAAGAUAUUUUGAAAAAUUGGCACAGUCCCAAGAUAUUUUGAGAAAUUGGGAGUCCCAAGAUAUUUUGAAAAAUUGGCAGUCCAUAACUUCUAAAUUUAGCUGUUUCGAAGAAAUGUAUGCCCUGUUCAGAAUGUUUCCGCAAAAAUUAAAAUAUUCAGCUGAUAUCGAGUUAUCAAAAGAGUCAGAAAUGAUUGCUUUGAACAAGAAUUCUAUUAACAACGACAGUAUCGACUCUUAAAUUUGAAAGUUAUAAAAAUUUUUUUUCAAAAACUCUGUAGUCCCCUUUUUACUAGAUUAGCUAUAAUAACACUAUUUGCAUGUUUCGAAAUUAGAUCAAAAACAUUUUCGUAACAGACAGGGUUUUAAAAGCUAUAUUGAAUCGAUAAAUGCAUUGAGCUAAAAAGUUUAUAUUUGAAGUUACUUGAAAACGGGAUUCUUGAUUUUUCAAAAUGAUUUCCUGACAAAGUUUUUUUGAAAUCGUAUAGUUUUGUAACGGUAUUUUAUGAAUUUAUAACAGCGUUUUUUUUCCAGUUUUGAAACUAAUUUUCUCGAUUUCAGCGGAUUUAUCCAGUCGCGACGAGCAGGCGCUGAUCAACAUGCAAAACUGCGACCCGAGUCAUCCCGUCUAUGGGGAAAAGAUACGGGAAACCAACUAUCUGCAUGAGACUGUCCGGCGGAUACAUGGUAAAUAAUAAGCAGAAAGAAAAAAAUAGAAAAAAAUAUUCGAAAAAGUUUUUUUUCUGGCUUUUUAACACUCAUUAGAGGUCUUUAAGGUGUAAAUUUUUUUUUAAUUGAUAUUUUUCAAAAAUUUAAAGAUAUUUUUUUGAAGCUUGAUAGUUUUUUUCAUAGAUCAAAUUGAAUCUGGAAAAAAAAAACUGUAAAAUUUUAAAUUAUUCCAGGCCAAUCGGUCCGAAACCUUCCCGUUGAUUGGAUGACCCUGACGGAAGCCCUGCGAUUGAUUCUACUAACCUCUGGCUAUUAUACCGGAUUAUCCACCCAUCGACAUCGAUUAUUCCCCAGAGGCAGUUACAAAGGGUCGGUAGAGUUUGUUCGAAGGAAAAACUACCUUGAAAGAAGAAAAAAACAACAUCGCAAUCGAACUACAAAUAAAAAUCCUCAAAACCGCCUCGAAUCCUCUCCAGCUCCGACCUUGCCGGCCCAAGCAGACCGAACCCGAUUUCAACACACGCACAAAUAGAUACAUACAUAAAAGUGGUCUCACUCCCACUUUUAUAAAUGUUCUGUGUGCGUGUAGGGAAAACGGGCCCAGAACUGUAGUCCUUGGAAAGGCGCUGAUCAGUCCUCAGAGUAGAACGUCGGUGGCGGCGUCCUGUCGAGGAGGCGAGGUCGCAGUGUGGGAGUCGGGCCAUUCAAUGAAAAUCUGUGGAAUCAGACCCUUACAUACUGGUCUAAUCUUCCACGUGAUCUAUUUCUUACGCCGUGUUCAAAGUAAUUUCCGCGAAAUGAUCUCUGACUCUCCAAAAUUCAGUUAUCUUUUCCUUUCUCUAACGGGAAUUUCGCAUUUAAACACGGCAUUAAUUAUUCAUUUCUACAUACUUAUCAUAUCCAAAUCCUGAAAAAAUCGUGAUUUUCAUUUUCAUUUCCAGAUAAUUAUUCCAUUAAAGUUACACAUGAUUCAAGUUGGAGAAUUUUAUUCAUUAAGAAAAGGCUUUCAUUUUUGAUGAAUAUUUGACAAUUUUAUCAUUUUCGAACGCAUUUUAUGGUACAGAACUUCAUAGGAACGACAGAAAUAUUGGAAUCGUGGAAAAAUAAAAAUAAAUAAAUUAUUUAGCGGAAAUAAAAUGGAAAAAAUGUAAGAUAUGGAUAUUUUAAAAAGUUCACGUUCAAUUUGUCCGCAAUUUUUCGAUUUUUCAUCAUUUUUCAUAAAGAAGUGUACCUUAUUGGGAAAAUUUUCAGUGGCCACUGUAGGGUAUUGACGUUUUAGUGACCACUAUAGUAGUCACUUAAGGGGUUAAAAGUUAGUGGCCCCAUAGAGGUGAUUUUAGUGUUCUCUCCAAGUAGUCCUUGAGGAAAAAGCCAACAAAAACUUUCCCAAGAGAAUUGCAAAAAAAAAUGCCGGCGUUUUAAUCAAAUCAGUGGCCGCUUAAGGGGCAGUCAAUUAGUGGCCACUUCAGUGUCAUCUCCAAGUAGUCUUUGAGGAACCACUAUAGUGGCCACUUCACAAAUUUGACCAAAAAAAUCAAAAAAUAAUUGUAUUGAUUCAAAGUUUGCUGUUUCGAACUAAUCUACGUGGUUUUUUUUUAGAUAUGAAGACCCCGGUUUUAUUUUCUGCCAGGAGUUCCCCGAAACCAUGGAGAAGAUGAAAACGGUUGGAAUUUGUCAUUUCAAAAUUCAAUAUUUCAAAAAUAUUUCUUUUCAGAUGACCGUUUUUUUGACCUCGACCCUCCGGAACGCCUCGAAAUCAUUAAAAACUAUCAUCCAGCAGCUCUUAACUUAUCACAGGGUAUUUUAGGUCGAUAAAUAAAAAUUAAUAUGACAAAAAAAUUUUCAGUUCCGAGUGUUCCCGGAAGACAAGCUAGCCGAAUUGAAAGAAACCCGGCAGGAUUUGAAAAAGUUGAGGUCUUGGGACACGACUCAGGAGCAGGUAAUGGCUCGAGAAAAAUUAGAGAAGUUGAAAAAAAAAAACGAAAAAUGAGAAUAAUAAUGAGCAAAUAGUUGAAAUUUGAACAGGAGAGGUGUACAUCAAUUUUGAAAAAGCUUGAAAAUGGGUCGGAGGAAAAAAAGUUAUCAAAAUACAUGGGAAGUAGCAAAAAAAUGUGAAAUGGCAAUGCUUGAAAUUCAUGAAUAAAUUUUUUUUUUGGACUUUUUGUGGAAAGGUAUUUGAAAUACAGGUGAAGUUUCAACAUGAAAAGCUAAAAAUUGAUGUUUUUUUCAGCUCUCUAGACACAGUGCUUGUUUUUUUUAUUCAAUAGGACGGCUUUCAUGAAAUUCAUCUCUAUUUAAUGAUUUUCCUCGGUUUAUCCUAUGGAUUUUCAAAAAGAGAAGUUUUUUUGCAGGGCAUUAUACGCUCUAAAAAAAUUCGAGAUUUUACCUCCAUUUUUAGAUUUUCGCAGUUAAUUUUAUUAAAUUUUAAGAGCUGAGUUUUUUUUUCAUGGCAAAUUUUCACGGAGUUGAUCCAAAAAAAAGUUUUAAUAAUUUUCACUUGAUUUUUUUCCAGGAAGCCCGAGAAGCUCGCCUCGCUCUGGAGUAUGAGAUGGAGAACAAGGAUUCCGAAGCUUCAAAAGUAUUUUCCAAAAAUCAAUCAAUAUUCAUUCCAAAAACUGUUCAGAGGACAACGCCUGGAAAAGUCGCCCUUCGACUGAAAGCCCAUCUCAAGGCGGUUAGAGAGAAUCGACGGACGGAUCGGGAAGAUUUGGAAACGGUUAGGAAGUCCUGAAGCGUUUUUGUAUGGGGAUAUUGUGCUCCAGGGCUAAAUUGGUGAAAAAGAUGGUUGGAUGAGAAAAGGAAUUUUUUUUUAGAGAAGCAAGGUUGCGUUCUGAACUUGAGUUUUAGCUUAAAAAGUCCUCAGAAAAAUUUAGAAUUUUUGGUGGUAGAUUAUACAUGUAAAUUUGUUCAAAGGUCAGUGGGAAGCUCACAAAAGUUUUUCUAAAAACGAAAUUUUCGAAAUUUGAGACAAUCUCUAUGGGUUUCUCUGCGUUACAGAUUGAUUUUCUCAGUUUUAUGUGUCUCAACGAAAGAUUAAGCCAUGCAUGUUGGUUCAUCGUUGGAAAACUUCCGAACGGCUCAUUUGGGGAAAAUAUUAAGCCAUGCAUGUUGGUUCAUCGUUGGCAAACUUGCGAACGGCUCAUUUGAGGAAAAUAUCAAGCCAUGCAUGUUGGUUCUUCAUUGGCGAAACUGCGAACGGCUCAUUAGAAUAACAAAUUGAGUCAUUUACGGAGUUUUCCAGUUGAAAAAACCAAGAAUCCCUCAUUACGGCCACUGAUAAAGAAUGGUUAAGAUCCUUCUCGAUUCGGUGCCCUACGGCGAACUUGAGCUGGACGAGAUCGUCGAGGCUCGUUCCCUGCAGAAGGAGGGCGGCGACGACGUCGCCAACAAUCUCAUCGAGAAGAUCUUCGAGAUUUAUUGUUGGUUUUUUUUGCUAUUUUCGAAUUUCUAUAAUUUUUAAAACUUUUCUUGAAUUAGUUAGAAAAUAUUUUAUUAUUGCAAAAAAGCCUUUUUCACUUUUUUCACUAUGAUUUUUCACAAAAUUACUUUUUUUUUCAAUUUAUUUUCUAAUUGUUGCAGCCCGAAUCGGCGAUUUGCACUUGGGCCGCGACCGCGCCUUCCGCAAUUAUUUUGUCAUCGACAAUUUGCCGGUUAUUUUGGUCGAAAACCCGAGGGAAGAAGAUCGAAUCGGCGUUUGUACCGAGACGGAAGUUCUGAUGGUGAGAAAUAAGAGUGAAAAUAUAUUACGAAUUUGGAAAUCAAUAAAUUUCAUUUCCAUAUGACAGUCAUGUCUAACCUCAGACUGAGAAUGAAAAAAAUAAAAAAAUAGUGCUCGAUUGGAAAAAGCGACAUGGGUAGGCUGGCAAGGGUGAGGCGUUGCGUACGCGUCGCGGCUUUUGGGGAAAAUCGAGCUCAAAUUUUUUUCUUUGACAGUUUAUCAAUAAGCUUUUUAUUUUUUUAUUUUUUUCAUGGUCUAUUUGGACGAACAGAAGUAUAAAAGUGAUAAAAAAAUACCUUUUUUUGCUAUUUUUUUGUGGUUCAAAAAAGCCGCGUCGCUCUUGCCAAUGACUCGUCUCUCACGUCGGGAAAGAGUGAUUGAUUAUCUAGAAUCUUCAAUUUGACGCUUUUUAUCGGUAUCAUAUAUUAAGAUAUCAAAAUUAAGACAAAAUCAUGUUGGAUUUUGUAACUAUACGUCGGCUGGGUCCCACCCCGAGGUGCGCCCCCCUUCUCAAACUGCCUACCCUCCAAAAAGUGCGGCUUACCCCCCGAAAAGUGCGGCCUACCUCAGUAAAUUUUCAAAUUUUUUUUUUCGCGCGCAAAAGUCUGAGGUGAUAUCCAGCCGGUGUAUGGUUAAAACUUGAAAAUUACUAUCUGAUUCCUUAAUUUCCAGACGGAAGUUGACGAGGAAACCCGAAAUAAUAUCAUUCUGACGUGUAGCUGUGACCUGGCAACGUGCCACGUUCACGGCGAAAAGAGGAAUUCGAGGCCGAGAUUCAGCUUCAUCCCUUCGACGGCCGUUUUCGAAGAGGUUUUCUUGGAAAAUCACGAAAAAAUUACCUUUUUUCCCCAGUUCAUCCAAUCGUUGAACCCACGCGGCUUCCGGGAAAUCGCCCUCGCCGAGGAGUUCAAUUAUUUCAAGCCCUGUCUUCUGGAUGUCGUCGGAACAACGGUGAAUCUCAGUUUCAGAAGUUUUAGAAGAAUAGGGAAAAAAACUAUUUAGGGAUUUUCAAUUCGAUAGAACUUUUGAAUAUGAUCUAUAGCCCAUUCCGCGUCAGCUUAUUUUUCUGCCAAAAGUACCGUAUCCCAAAUUUGAACCAGUUCGCUUCAAGACCCAUCUUUUUGCAGUUUUGUAGUAAAAGUUACGAAAAAAAAGCCGAGUUUAUGGUAGAAUUUUUUUGCCGAUUUUUUGAAAUAUGAACGUUUCACUGUACUUGAAAAAUGCAGAAAAAAAUGUACUUUUUUUCAAGAAAAAUAUGGUUUUUACUCUGAGAUUUUUUUCAAGGCUCUAGAUCAUUUUUUUGUCAAUAUUGCACAGUAUUCAAAUUUUUCUUGAAGCUUAUUAUUUUCAACAAACUUUUCCACAAAAAAUUGGCGGAAAUAUUUUUUUUUCAUCCCUUUAUUGUUUUCAAAAGGCGAUCUAUACAAACCAGAGUAUCUAAUUUUCGAAAAUUCGUGAUUUUUGAGGACUUUGAGGAAAGAAAUUUUUGUGGAGUUUUGGCAAUUUUUUGUGUUUUUGUUUAAGGAUUUUUUUUUUGCCUUACAAGGGAAGUUAUUAAACUUUUCGGUUAGGAAUUUCCAGGAAGUUGGCCAAAAAACUUCAAAUUUUGAGCUUUUGUAGUUUUUUUUUUGAAAAAAAGGAAGUUUUGUGGAAUUUCGCGCAGAUUUUUGGGACUCUAUUUGAAGAUUUGUUACCUUACAAGGGAGUUAAUUUCACUAUCAAGUUGAAAAUUGGCCAAAAUACUAAAAAAUUCUAAAAGUAUCAAACCCUGACAACGUCCUACUUUCCGGGAAAUAAAGACUCAAAUCUUUAAAAAAAUUGUUUUGAUGGAUUUUACGGCUUUAUUUUGACUUUGAGGUGUCUUUUUUUAAAAACUAGAAAGUUGGGCAGGUUAAGACUUCCAAGAUGUUCAUCUUGUACAUCAAGAAAUAUCCUAGAAGGAAAAAAUUUUCUAAAAAUUCCCCUCCAAAAAUCCAAAUGACCUUCCUGGAUAAAUGCGGUUUCGAAAACUUAUUCUAGUCUUUCAAAAAACCUUUUUUUUCUCAGGAAAAGGCGAUCGAAAGCGGAGAAUGGAAGGAGACUCUGAUGCUGACCGACACGGACCCCUAUCAAACCGGAAAUAUCGAUUGGGACGCCGAAUUGAGGGAUUUGUUCCUGGACCUGGAGGAGAAGAUCGAGCAGGGGAUGCUCGGCUCCCUGGCCGCUUGCCAUGGAGUCGACAGAGCCGAGUGGCGACGUCUUCUCGCCGAGACUGGUGACGUCACCGGAUUGACUCAGAAAGGACGUGGUCAUUGGAGAGGAAGUCAUCUUCACCAAUGAGGAGCUGACCCGGCUGGGCCCUUGCCAGAAGUGAGUUGGGAGGAGAAAGGCUUGGACUACUCUGACCUGCCUGCGCUCUCUUCUCUCUCACCGAGGAGACCUGAAAAUAGCACGGUAACAUGAGAGGAGGAGAGAAAGCGCGUCAUACUUUCAAUCGACCUUUAGAAACUGCAUAUUAUUCGAAUUUCUGAGAAAUUGAAGCUUUUCCAAUAAAAGCUCUAAACCGCUUUUCAGCUUUUCAACUCCCUUCAAAUGAUUCAUUUUCUUAGGAAGUCCAAAGUGGUCCCAGGCCCUUGAAGUGAACACUUUACCAGCCCCUAUAAGGGCCACUAAAGCUUGCAAAAGUGGCCCGAUUUUAGUUAGUGGCAUACUAGUCGAUUAUUGUUAUGAGCACCAUGAGAAGAAGCAUUUUCAUGCGAAAAACAAAAAAAAUUAGCGUUUUUGAAUGAAAACGUUUACAUAGAAAAAAAUGUAUCAAGUUUUUUUUUCGUUUGAAAGACCCUUAUAGGGGCCACUUGAGUUUUAGUAAAUAAGUGUCAAACCCUAAACCCCUAUAGGGACCACUCUGGCGCUUCUAAGUUCUUUGAGCUUCAUUUCUCAAUUUUCUCAGAUGAGUGUAGUUAUUUUAAAAUUUCGAGGAAACCAAAAAUAAAUUUUGGCAGGAAAGGAAAAGUUUUGCAAACGUUACGUCUGUACUUACCACGGAAUGGUCUGACUUCACAGUGAGACUUCUGAAUGAGACUAGUCUCACAGGCCUAUAGGGCAACUUUUGAGGAGAGAUUUGGAAUCAGCGUAAAAAUCUCUAUCUAAUGAACCUAGUCUCAUUUAGAAGUCUCACAGUAAGACCAUUCCCUGGUUAGUUAGAUGUGCAGGCUGGCGUAUUUUCAAUGGAUCCACAAGUUUUAGUAACUUCUUCUUCUUAAGCUUUUGUACCGCUUGAUCAGCAAGUCGAUCAGUGAUAAUCAGUGGACUGGCUUAAGUGGCCUCGGAUCACGAAGUCGUAAUUUUUUUUUUCCCACUACCAAAUUUUCUUAAACCCCUUGGUUGGGCCAUAGUGGGGUCGAACUUGUGACCCAUUGAACCUCAAACAGACACGCAACCAGUUGCACUACGACGCUUAUAAAGAAUCAUGAACCUAAUCUUUUCGAUAUCUUAUAAGUUGAAUUUUCCCAGACUCGCGUUCGCCUUCCUCCAACUGAUCCAGUGUAUUAGCCUCAAGUUCUUCCGACAUCCGUUUGUGGUCAACGUCAAGGAUGAACGUAAUCAAAUCGCAAUGAUUUAUCAUUAUUUUCACUGUUCUCACUUGAAGAUGGGUCAUCGAACCUACGACAAGCCGCGAUUUUCCUCCGUUGGCAGACGGCUCUCAUCGAAGCUGAAUCGAUCUCGGCCCUUUCCUUGUUCCUCUCCACGUUGGAACCCGUCAUCUUGUGGGACAAGAGUCGAUUGCAGGUGAUUUAUAGGUGGAAUGGGGGAUUAUUGUCGAUUUUUGAAUAAAAUGCUGAAAAAUUUUGGAGCAGAACGGAAAAAGGACCGAAUUUAAAAAAAUCGAAAAAAAUUGAAAAAAAUACCGAAGCUGAAGAACAAAAUUAGAAAAAAAGGACCCGGGCUUAAAAAAAGAAAAAGUAGGAUAGUGAAAUCUGAAAUAGUACUUUUUGAACUAUUGAAUUAAUCGUGAUCUACUAAAUCUUCCCAAAAACUUGAAAAAUUUCAGUAGAAUCCUGAAAAAAUGGUCAUGAAGUUUUUCUGAGUCGAAUGAAGCUUUUAAAAACUUGAUAGUUCAAAAAAAUCAAGUUUUUUUCUACCUUGAAUUUGAAAAAAAGAUUACUAAGAGUUAUUCCUAUUUCUGUAAGACAGCUCUUGGGAAAAAAAGAAAAAAAUAACUAUUUUGGAAAGGAUUUACAUGAAGAAAAAAAUACAUAGGAUACUGCAUUUUUGAACCAGUAGUGGUUUAUUUUGAGAAAGAAUUCUUAAAAAUUUUUAGAAAUUUCCAAUCAAAAAGUUCAGUUAAAUGGGGAGAAAUUUUGAGUUUAGCAACAUUUUAUAUAACAAGAAAAACAGGAAGAAAAACAUUCAGAGAACUGGGCAAUUUUUGAAAAAUUGUCUUUUCCUGAGAAAAAAAUCGUUUUAAAAAAGCAUAUAAGGAGUGAAAAAAAGCAUUUCUGCAAAUUCUCAAGAUUCCGAAUACCUACUUGAAAAAUCCACAAAAUUUUUCAAUUUUUCGAGAAAAAAAUUUAUCAUAUAAAAAUAUGAUCUUUCUGGCUAGAACUUUUUAAGAUUUUUUUCUUCAUACGCCUUUGUAUUUUCUUAAACCCCUGAGGGGGAGGGUUAGGGUCGAAGCGGGGAUCGAAACUGGUGACCCUGUGGACUGUAGACAGGCACACAACCUGUUGCGCAACGGAGCGCCUCUUGAUUUUUACAAGCUUUCAUUUAUAUAUCAAUUCAUUACUUUCAUAAAUUUCAGGGAAAAUGCCGUCUGUGCCGACGAAAAGGCGCCGCCGACGACUUGGUUCUCUGCGCGACCUGCGACAAAUGCUUCCACAUCCACUGUGUCCGGAUCGAACGGCCGCCGCCGGUCGACUGGCAAUGCUCCGUCUGUGCUGCGGAGAAACGCAAGAACGCCGCAGCCGAGAAGAGAAGCGCCGCCAGGGGUUCUCAAAAUCAUAAAGUGGUGAAUAACUGAAGAGAUUCGCUUCAGAAGCGGCUUUGAAGGAAGAGCUGCAAGAUGGGGACCACGACAACAGCGCCGAUGAGAGUAAUAUCGCGUCCGAGGCGGAGGAAAGGUGGGUUAUAUCAAUGUAAGGUUGAGAGAAACUUUAAAUUUCGACUGUUUUAAAUGGGAAAAAAAUUGAAAAAAAAAAACCUACAUGAAAUUAUGAAAAUUAUUGUUUUUUUGAGGAUCUUAAGGUAGUCAUUUUUUUUUGAGGAACUGGUUGAAAUUAAAAAAAUAUUUUUUUCCCAAAGAAGAUGAAAGUUCGAGGCUUGGAAGCCUUUUUUGUAGGUGAACUAUUUUCUGAAAAAAAGAUAAAAAUUAGUUAGGUUGAAAAAAAGAAGCACUUUCCACAGGAAAAAUCGGAGGUUUAGAGGGCUUUUCCUUACAGAAUUUUGAGGCAGCCAAUUAUUUUUUUUAAAUGGCAAAAACUGGUUGGAUUAAAAAAAGAUUUUUUUCCCAUGAGAAAUAAGGGAAGUCAGGGCUUUUUUUUUAAGAUUUUAAAGUAUUCGACUAUUGUUUUGAAGUUUUAAAAAUUGGUUAGACUAAAAAGAAGCACUUUCACAUGAAAAAUAGGAAAAAUCGGAGCCUUUUAAAAUUUUUUUCGAAGAUUUUAAGGUAGUUUUCAAUUUUUUUGAAGAACUGGCUGGGUUAAAAAAAGGAUGUUUCUUAUGGAAAUAGGGAAGUCAGGGCCUUUUUAGGAUUUUUUUAAGUAUUCAACUAUUUUUUUGAAAUUUUAAAAUUGGUUAGGCUGAAAAAGAAGAACUUUUACUUGAAAAAUAUGAAAUUAUAGGUUUAGACCACUUUUUUUCCAGGAUUUUAAGGUAGCCCUUAGUUUUUUUCGAGGAACUGAUUAAAUUUAAAAAAAAGGAUGUUUCUCAUGAAAUUAGGGACUGUUAAAGACUUGAUAGUCUUUUUGUUUAGGUAAACUAUUUCUGAAAGUGAAAAAUUGGUUAGGCUGAAAAGAAGCACUUUCACAUGAAAAUAGAAAAAUUAGAGGCUUAGAGGCUUUUUCUUACAGGAUUUCAAAAUAGUCCUUAGAUUUUUGAGGAACUGGUUGAGUUUAGAAAAAGGAUCUCUCAUGAAAAUAGGGAAGUCAGGGCAUUUUUUUAUGAUUUUAAAGUAUUCAACUAUUUUUCUUGACAGUGAAAAAAAUUGGUUAGAUUGAAAAGAAGAGCUUUCACAUGAAAAUAGGAAAAUUAGAGGCUUUUACUUUUUUUUGAAGAUUUUAAGGUAGUCCUUAACUUUUUUUAAGAAGCUGAUUGAGUUGAAAAAAAGGAUCUUUUUCCAUGAAAAAAUAUGAAAGUUGAAGCCUUUUUAUAGUAUUUUAAACUAGUCAACUAUUUUUUUGAAAGUUUAAAAUUUGGCUAGGCUGAAAAAAGUAACUUUCAUAUGAAAAUACGAAAGUUAGAGCCUUGUACUACCUUUCUGAGGAGUUGGAGGAAAAAGUCGUUAGAUAGUAUGGUGGAAAAAGAGAGAACCAGACAGCUGGAUAGGAAAAAAAUGAAUUCCAGCGCGUUUUACAUUUGAAAUUUUUUUUCUUGAAGCAGAUUUUUUAAGGAUACAUUUAUUUUUUCUUUAUGUGUCUUUGAGUCUCUAUCUUCUUCAUAGUCUCUAGUUUUUAGCCCGAUGAAGUUGAUAGUUAAAUUUUUUUAAUUCUAUCGAAUUUUCGAUCAGAGUUUUAAGAAAAUGGUUGACUUUUUUUCGGACGAAUUAGUUAUUCCCUUCAUUUCCAGUGAAUCCAUCACAAGAACAAGUAGUGGCCGGGCUGUCCGGAGAGUUCAGUACACGGAGAGUAACGGUAGUGGCGCCGAAACACCUCCCCACAAGGUUUAUCUUUCCAAAAGUCCCACUGAAGAAAUCAAUUUCCUUGAAGGCUUCGAAAAGAACCACAAGGUCCAAUGGUAACACCCCGGAUCAAUCGAAACGAUCUUCAAGAAGUCGGCCAAAGUUUGAAGAUUAAAUGAAUUAAUUUCUGGAGACAGGAAUUUCAGGUACAAUGAAGACGAUUAUGGGUCGAUGGACGAUGGAGAUGAGACGCUGGAAGACGAAGAAGUGGUCUUGGAACGAAGGAAUAGUAGGAAAAGGAAAGGUGGGUCUCAAAGGGAAGUUUAUUGGUUGAGAAAUGGGUUACUGUAAUUUGGAAAGUCUGCAUUUUGGAGCGCUUUUUAAGCUCUGAAAGUUGAUAAGAAGGGAUAGAGAAAUGGGUUACUGUAGUUUAGAAAGUCUGCAUUUUUGUGCCCUUUUCAAGCUCUGAACGUUGAUAAGAAGUGGUAGAGACAUGGGUUACUGUAGUUUAGAAAGUCUGCAUUUUUGUGCCCUUUUCAAGCUCUGAACGUUGAUAAGAAGUGGUAGAGACAUGGGUUACUGUAGUUUUGAAAGUCUGCAUUUGUGUGCCUUUUUAAAGCUCUGAACGUUGACAAGAAGGGAUAGAAAAAUGGGUUACUGUAGUUUAGAAAGUCUGCAUUUUUGUUCGCUUUCCAAGAUCCGAACUUAAGUUGGAAGUGGGAGAAAAAUUGGGUUACUGUAGUUUAGAAAGUCUGCAUUUUUGACCGCUUUUUUAGCUCUGAAAGUUGAUAAGAAGGGAUAGAGAAAUGGGUUACUGUAGUUUAGAAAAUCUGCAUUUUUGAGCGCUUUUUAGGCUCUGAAAGUUGAUAAGAAGGGAUAGAGAAAUGGGUUACUGUAGUUUUGAAAUUCUGCAAGUUUUCGUGCGGAUCUCUGAGGUGUUUACAUACUGCUGAUUCGUAUAGAGACCAGUGGCAGAAAAGAGUUACUGUAGUUUCGAAAAUAUGAAUCUUUAGGUUUUCGCAUAAUACUAUUUGACAGGUGGAUUAGUGCUAGAAAUAAGAUUUACUGUAAUUUGAAAAAGUAUGCAAUUUCUCGUGAUGUGUUUACGUACUGAUACUCUUCGCUUUUCAACGCUUUGAAACAGCAUGAAAUGACACAAAACGUCGCAUUUGAGCUGCUUUUUAUCAUCAAAAAUAGUUUUACAUUCUUGGUAUUUGUCAAGUUGCGCCCGACUCCUAGCGACUUUCUGAUCUUCUAUGCUAUGAUGUCAUCUUGCGCUUUCAAAAUUUAAAGAGAGCAAGCUCAAAAUUUUAUUUUCAGUAGUUAGGAUGUGCAAGCCAAGCCAAUAAGGAGUACGUAUAUAGGUCAUGACAAAUUUUUUCAAAAUAUCUUCUUCCAGAUCUCAGCCUCAAAAUUGCCAUUUUCAGCCUCGGAACUGGAAGAUUUCUCGCCAGCGCAUCAAAUUCGCCACACUUCCACGGAUACCAAAGAGAAAAUGGGGCAACUGGAAGCUUUGCUGAAAGAUUGCAUGCGACAGGAGUUCGCCUGGCCCUUCAUCGAGCCGGUCGAUCCCAAAGAAGUGGGUCUUGCAACGAUUAUUGGCUGUAGGGGUACUGUAGGAACCUUAUGCUUGAAGAUCCUAGAAUUUGGAAUUUUUAACAGUUUGUUUCACAAAAAUCGAUUUCAAUUAAAGAAAGUUAUGAUUUUUUGGAGGUUUCUUAAAAGGGCCCUUCAAGAAUUCAAGAAUUACCACUAGACUCAGAAUUUCGAUACGCUUUGAUGGGUACCAAAAUGAGCUCCCCUGAUAAGUUUCGCGAAAAAUGUCGAUGCGUUGCGGUUGCGUAGCGGUUAUCAUUAAGGCGCACCCGACCUUAAAACGACUUUCGCGCGCCUGCUUGUAAAGCUUAAACAUGGACGGUUUCGUCAUUGGAAAUUUUGAACUACUCGAAGAAGCCGCACCGCGACCGCAACGCAACCCAUUCCAAAUGCGACCAGGAGUUUUUAAGUUGUAGCGAAUGAAAAUUAUGCUCAGAGUAGCGCCCCGGGCCGUCUCGCUAGUCAAAACAGUUGUCCCGGGGCUACCCAGCCCGUAAAGUUGGACAGAGUAACAUGUAAAAUCACCGUCACAAUCUUUUGAUCUGAAACAGGAAUAGUCAUUUCAAUUUCUCAGGUCCCCGACUACUAUGACGUCAUCAAAAGGCCAAUGGACCUGAGGACGAUGAUGAACAAGAUGAAGCAACGGAUAUACGAUCAUACGGAUGAGGUUGAUCUUUCAUCCAUUUUAUUGAUUUUAUCGAUUUUUUUCCAGGUCUGCUCCGACUUCAAGCUGAUCUUCGCCAAUUGCGAGCAGUAUAACGACGAGGACAGCGAGAUUUAUGAGGUGAAGAGGGGGAAAAUUGGUUUAGAGCUAGAGAGUGAGUGAAACUUGGAGAGUUCCAGGCGUUAGGGAAAGAUUUGAGCUGUCUGGCGUCUCUUCACUUUCAGUUAUGUCUAGGGUUUCUUUUUUUGGCCGAAGUAGUAUGGAGUUUCAAGAGAGGGCCAGACAUAGAGAGUAAUUUUACACUGUCUAGUGCCUCUAGUAUAUCAACUAGGUUAGAUAGUAUGGAACUUCGAGAGGGGCAGAGAUGUAGAGUAAUCUUUUUGUCUGGCGUCUCUCAUUUAUCAAUUGUUUCUAACUCAGUCAAUCUUUCAAAAUAGUGUACAAUACUAGGAGAAGGCGAGGAAGUUAGAGUAGAUCCCAAAUGUCUGACGUCUCUCGUUUUUCAGUUAUCUCUAGCUCAAACCUUUCCAAAUUCCCUCUUCUUGAGCUAGAGAGCAUAGAAAAUUGAGAGACAACCAGACGGAUGAAGAAAAUUCGAGCUGCCUGGUUUCUCUCAUUUUUGAAUUAUCUCUAGAUGAAGUUUUUUAUUGUCAUUUUAUAAUUUUUAAAUGAUUCUUAAGCUUCCAAGAAGGAUAGCUCAGUGGUUUGAGAGUUAGUUUAUGAUCAGAAGGGUCGCAAGUUCGAGUUCCCAAGGGGUUUUUGCAAGAUAUGAGCUUUUUUCAGAACUUUCAGGCUUUACAAAACAGACAUAACUAUCGAUUCUGAAUUUUCUCAACUUAACCAAUUUUUCUUCAGUGUUCCAAAAAGCUGAACGAAUUUUCCGACGAGAAACUCAAGAAAAUCUUCGAUUCUCCGACUUCGACGAAACGGACGCGCCGUUAA